GAAAGUCUCAUUGCCAUACACCAUGCCCAUAUCCAAAACCGUCUUCAUUUCUGCCACCCUCUUCUCCUCCCUCGUUGCCGCCGCCGCCUACUACCAAAAUAUCUCCCCCACGUCCCUAGGUUUCGUGGAGGAGAAACUAACUCACAUCCGAUUCUACUUCCAUGAUGUUGUUACGGGCCCAAAUGCUACCAUAAUCAUUUCCAUAAGUCCACUUAUGGGAAAAUCUAAGGCCCCACUUCCAUUCGGGUCCUUGGUAAUGCUGGAAGACCCGUUAACUGUGGGGCCCGAACCCGAUUCCAAACUCAUUGGAAAGGCGCAAGGAUUCUACACAAUGGUGACACAACGCGAGGACAUUGAUUUAGAGCUUGUGAUGGGUAUGACCAUAACAUUCACCGAAGGGAAGUUCAACGGCAGCACCCUCAGCCUCUUUGGCCGGAAUUACAUCUUUGACCCCGUUAGAGAGAUGCCGAUCGUUGGUGGAACCGGCGCGUUCCGAUUCGCGCGUGGGUUUGUUCGUGCUAAGACUUACUCAGUGGAUUAUUACAAAGGUGAUGCUGUUGUGGAAUACAACGUGUACGUCUUCCACUAUUCAAACCAAGGCUUUGAUGCUUCUACUCCUCAAGAGCGUUUUAGCAAUGGCUUUGAGUUCAUGACUGACCCUAUUCUUGGCAAAAUAUAAAAGUAAAAAUUUUCGGGAAAACGAUUAAAGUUUUAUUACUACUUAAUCAUCACUUAAGAGUUAUGCUAUAAAAAUAAAAGAAAAAUUAUAUUUAUACUAUAUUUUUUAUGCUGAUGAAAGUGUAUUUGUAUUCAUAUAAAGUUAAUACAACUGCAUUUGACUAUUUAGCAUUUUUUAUA